GGGCGAUUGGCUGCAGCUCCGUACGGUUGAGAGGACAGCAGCGAGAUGUAACCGCUUUCUUUUUCAAAUUCGCGAGCCGGUAUCGCGUUGCAAUACUUUAAUUGUGUAUAAACGCAAAAAAUUGUGACUUAAAUUUCUCUAAUUAUGACGGAGACGCAACAAAAAGCCAAGUGUAUCACUCUGAAAGGCUCCGCCGAACUGGUUGCCCAGUAUCUGCUUUACGGGGUUAACAGUAUAUUAUAUCAAAGAGGAGUAUACCCGCCGGAGACGUUUCAGACUUCCGAGCACUUUGGUUUAUUUAUUUUUACAUCUACGGACAAAAAGAUCACGUCCUUUCUUGAUGCCGUCCUAGAACAGGUUCAAGAGUGGCUAGUGCAACGAAAAGUGCGCAAGAUCACACUAGUCAUAACGAAUGUUAAUACAAAGGAAGUGUUGGAGAAAUGGGACUUCAAAGUUGAUUAUGAAGACAACCAGAAAACAAACGGAGUCGACAGUAGUGUCAAGGCUGAUCUGCCUCAAGUAGGAACAAAAGACAUAAAGACAAUACAAAAAGAAAUACGAGAAGUAAUGCGCCAGAUUACAGGCACGGUCAGCUUUUUACCACUUUUGGAUUGUCUGUGUUCCUUUGACAUACUCACUUACACAGAACCUGACUGUUCCAUUCCUGAUCAAUGGAAUGAGACUCAACCUGUUUUUAUUGCUAACAGUCAAGAGGUACAACUUAGAUCAUUUUCAACUUCCAUACAUAAGAUGAAUACUGUAGUUAGUUACAAAAAUACUUGAGCUAACUUGGUUGCUCUUUUAUAUGCCAUGUACUAUUUGUAAAUAUAAUUUUCAUUUCAUGGUGACUACAUAUGCAUGCGUUGACCACCAUCAGCUCCAAAGACUGCUAAGUCGUUUUGAGAAUGAUGGUUGACUCAUGUAACAAUUGUAAUUGUAAAGCCUAAAUAUAUAAUAUUAUUUUAUUGACAAAUUACAAUUAUCUUCGACAAAUUUGACAUGAAUAUAUUUUUUUAAGAAAACAAAUUAUUUUUUAAUUGUGUGUAGAGUAUUCAGAAAAAAAGAUAUUUACACAAGUGAAAUAACGUUUAAACAAUUUAAGUAUUAAAUCUUCAAUUGACUUUCAAAUAUGAAUUAAAAGUACAAUUAAUAACUCAUGUUUUAAUUACUUUUUAUAUUAUAAUAAUUUUUAUUUAAGAAAUAAGUAAUUAAAAUUGAUAAGUUUUUCUUUUUUUGGAGUACUCUAGACAGAGUUGGUAUAAGUACAGUUCUAAAGCUGCUUUUUUGUAUAAAAAAAUAAAACUAAAAAAAAAAAAUAUAUAAAACAAGUACAUAAGAAUGAA